AUGUCUCACACUGCUGGUGACGUUCGCGUACAUGAAUAUGGAGCGAAAAAACCUUAUAAUGCAGCACCAAUUGGUUACUGUGCUUUUGCCUUAACAUUAUUUGUUUAUUCAAUGUAUAUGGCUGGUGCAACUGUUCCUAUCUCAAGUACACCUGCUGUUGGAAUGGGUCUUGCACUUUUCUAUGGUGGUUUAAUUCAAUUUCUUGCUGGUUUAUUUGAAUUACGUAUAGGAAAUAAUUUUAAGGCACUUUUGUUUUGUUCUUAUUCUGGUUAUUGGUUUGGACUUAGUGCACUUUAUGCAACUUCAUUUUUCGCUAGUACUACUAUUGGUGCAACAGAUCUAAGUGUUACAUAUAAAGCAUUAGGUGUUUAUUAUCUUGGAUGGACAAUAUUUACAUUAUUGAUGUUAAUUGCAUGUAUUCGAUCAAAUGUACUUUUAGUAGUAUUUUUCUUUUUUUUACUAUUAACUUAUAUCUUACUUACAGCAAGUUAUUUUCUUCUAUGGGAUCAAAAUUUAUCACGUGCUGGAGGAGCUAUUGGAAUAGUCACAUCAUUAAUUCUUUGGUAUAUAGGAUUUGCAAGUUUCAUGAUAAAAGGUGAAAAUGCAUAUUUUGAAUUACCAAUGUUUAACUUACCAACAAAUCGUGGAACAGAUUUAACUGGAGAAUCGGCUGUUGAAGUUCGCGUACCAAAACCAUAA